AUGAACCCUCAUCAGAAGAAAUCAAAUUGUGGGCCUGGCCUGGCCCUGUGCUGCUUUCUGCUCUGGAUCUCUCUGCAGCCAGACUCCCUCCACCGGGUGUCAGCCGUCAACCUGCGGCGCUUCAUUGGUUGUGCCGUGCGGGAGUUCACCUUCCUGGCCAGGAAGCCCGGCUGCGGGGGCCUGCACAUCACCACUGACGCCUGCUGGGGGCGCUGUGAGACCUGGGAGAAGCCGGUCCUGGACCCUCCCUUCAUUGAGUCCUACCAGCGCGUUUGUACCUACAACGAGACCCGUCUAAUCUCUGUGAAACUGCCCAACUGCCUGCCAAACGUUGACUCCACCUACACCUACCCUGUGGCCCUGAGAUGUGACUGUGGUGUCUGUCUUACCAGCACCACUGAAUGUAUAACAUCUGUCUAACACAAACUCUAUACUUUUUUUAAAUAAACAAUUUUUGUUUGUUUAAUUGGAAAAACAAGGCCAAAAAAAAUCUGGUUUUCUAAAUAUUAAGUUAAAUAAGUUAAAAAUGUUCAUCAUUUACACUGUUAAGAUACCAUGACAUGAUAGCCUGGUCAUACGAGACUCUCAUACAUUUCAUUUGUACAGAGAGUCUGGCCACUCUCCAUUGACAAGU